GUUCUUUGUUACUUUCUAUUGUUUGUAUGACCCUUUUCAAGACACUUCAAGUCUUGACAGAAGCUGGUCUACAUUCGGUGCCUUUCGUCACACCCGAAGGGACUGAACUUCUAAAGUCAUUUCUCGGGAUGAGUCCCAGGGCGUGGUAUCUCGUGGUCAAGCACAUGGUGGAGACAUCAUCGGCGUUGCUGUGGAUGCGCGUGAAAGGUGAAGCUGUGACGAGCGAGGUGCUCGUGGCUAAGCUCUUGCAGAUGCCUAAGGAACUUAAUGACGAGUCGAGUGAAGACACUGAAUUAGUACCUGAAAUUGUAAGAGUUGAAGAGGCUCUCGGCAAGGUGUAUCUGCCCGUUUAUGCGUAUUUCUAUCAUCCUGAGAUGAACACCGAGAAAAUUCCCGCCAACGAGGAUGUCAACAGCGGCCUUUGGGUGUGGAGUGGAGAGGAGCCUCAUUCAUCCAAAGAUCUCGUGGUUCUCUACUAUAUUCAUGGAGGUGGUUACUGCUUCUUCGACGGCGUGACGAGUCAUCUGGAGCUGGUCGCGAACAUGGUCGAGGUUAUGCAGGAGAAACUCCGCAGCGAUGGUUUGAGGGACGCUGCUGUGGUUGCGUACAUACUCAGCUACGACACCGCCCCCGAGAAAAUACUCCCUACCCAGCUGCAAGAAGUGGUGAAGGGCUAUGAAUUCUUGCUCUCCCAAAAACGGUUCCCCAUAAAGAGCGAUCACAUCGUCGUCGGUGGCGACUCAGCGGGGGCAGCUUUGUCUUUGGGUUUCCUGAAGUGCCUAGCAGAGCACGAUUUCUGUGGAGAUCUGCCUCGUCCGGCUUGCUGCUUAGCAAUGGAACCGUGCGUUGAUAUGUCUUACGUUGCUGCACGCAAGCCCUGUGAUAUUAGCCGUGAUAUUCUCUCAAACGGUAUGAUCUGGUACUGUGUAUCUGUCUUGUACGGUAGGCCCUCCCAUCCUGGGGAGAGGCUUGAUACGGUCGAUCGCCCAUUGGAGAGUGACGACUACGUGCAAAAGGCCGGCAGGUUUGGUGAUGAGGAAUGGGCUAGGGUGAGAGCGUUGGCUCCCGAUGGCAAAAUGGAGGAGCAUCCUUUGUUCUCGGUCGCACGUGGCAAGUUGGACCCUUCAGCUUUCGGCAACGUACCGAUCCUACUGCAGAUUGGAGCUACUGAAGCACUCAGAGGAGGCGUCGAUGCAUUUGCCACUAAAGCACGAGAGGCCGUCUGCUAUGAAGUUUACGAUCGGAUGAUACACGUCUUCCCUAUGUUUUCAUCUGUGAUUCCUCUUGGACAAAUCGCAAUAAAUCGUUGGGCCGAUUUCGUUUCUAAGGCGAUUGAGGGCGAGAAGAUGCCUGUCGGACAAGCCUUCGCCAUUUUCGAGGAUACUGUGGAGCCUUUGCAUAAGCAGGAUGUGCACCCGGAAAAAGCUGCUAUGGCCCAAGCAGCGUGAUGGGCUAUCGACGACGAAGUCCGUCUAGGUGAUGUCGUAAUUGACAUUCACCA